AUGAGUUCAAUUAAUAAUAAUGAUUCAGAUGAUGAUCUCAUGAUGUUUACUAUGGAUCCAUUAAAUAUAAAUGAUGAUGAAGAUGAAUCUCGAAUUCAUCAAAAAUCUGAUUUAUCGACAAGUGAUUAUCAUUCAUAUGUAACAACAAAUGAUAUAUCUCAAGUGGUUGAUACAUCAUCAUUUGAAUUAAUAACUAAUAAUAAUAAUAAUAAAAAGAUGUUUGAUGUAACUGAAUUACUUGGUUCAUCAUCAUUUGAUGAUAAACCAGAAAUUUUUAAUUGGUUUGAUAAACUUCAACCAAUAUCAACAAGUUCACCAAGUUUAAAUAUUGUUGAAUAUUUACGUGCUCAAACAUUAAAACAUGAUCAAGAUACAGACUGGCAAAUUGAACAAAAUCAUUUAAAAUAUGAUUCAAAACAAAUUUCACCAAGUGAUUAUUUAACUCGUCAAUCUCUUUAUAAUCGUCCAGUAGCUUUUGAAAAAGAUUCACGUUCAUGGGCACGUAGUUUAUUACAUAAUUUUAAAAAAACACCAAAUAAAUCUUCAAUUAAUUAUUCUUAUAUUAAAAAUUCACCAUCAUUCGAUCAUCAUAUACAAUAUAUUGAACAUUUAAAUGAAUGUAAUGAUUAUCCAACAUAUUUAGAAUAUAUAAAUGAAAAUCGUUCACAAUUAUUUUAUACACUUACAGAUUCACUUGAUAUUAUUGAUGGUCUUCUUGGAACUGUUGUUUCAUCAUUUUGA